AUGCCCCAGCACGUGAUGGGGGACAAGCCCCUCAUCUCCGCGCCGCAGCUGGUCUUCCCCGGCCCCCCCAUCGCCCUGGAUGACGGGGACGGCCGCGCCCCCCCCGGCAGGCGGGCGUCCCCGGGCUCCCCGCUGGGCCUGGGCGCCCUGCGUCCGGCCGCCCACAGCCCCCUGGACUCCUGCAGCCAGCCGCUGUGCCAGCCGCCGGCCCAGAAGCACGGUGCCCGGGCGGCCCGUGGGGUGCGGUACGCACCCGUGGGGCCGCGGGACUCGGAGUGCGGCUGGCGGGGCUUCGCCCCCGAGUGCCUGCAGGCCCUCAACACGCCGCAGGGCUUCCUGCUCUUCCUGUGCGCGGCCUCCUUCCUGCAGGGCAUGACCGUGAACGGCUUCAUCAACACCGUCAUCACCUCCAUCGAGCGUCGCUACGACCUGCACAGCUACCAGAGCGGCCUGAUCGCCAGCGCCUAUGACCUGGCCGCCUGCCUGUGCCUCACCUUCGUCGGCUACUUCGGGGGCCGCGGGCACAAGCCGCGCUGGCUGGGCUGGGGCGUGCUGAUCAUGGGCGUCGGCUCGCUGGUCUUCGCGCUGCCGCACUUCACCACGGGCCCCUACGAGGUGGAGCUGGACGAGGGCCUCGGCACGUGCCCGGCCAACCACAGCCGCGUGGCCUGCGGGGGCCGCACCUCAGGCCUGUCCGCCUACCGGCUGGUCUUCAUGCUGGGCCAGUUCCUGCACGGCGUGGGCGCCACGCCGCUGUACACGCUGGGCGUCACCUACCUGGACGAGAACGUCAAGUCCAGCUGCUCGCCCGUCUACAUCGCCAUCUUCUACACGGCGGCCAUCCUCGGCCCCGCGGCCGGCUACCUCAUCGGAGGCGCCCUGUUGAACGUGUACACGGAAAUCGGCCGAAGGACCGAGCUGACCACCGAGAGCCCACUGUGGGUCGGCGCCUGGUGGGUGGGCUUCCUGGGCGCGGGGGCCGCCGCCUUCCUCACCGCGGUCCCCAUCCUGGGCUACCCGCGGCAGCUGCCAGGCUCCCAGCACUACGUGGUCGUCAGGGCCUCUGAGACGCACCAGCUGAAGGACAGCGGCCCUGACUUCGGGAAAACCAUCCGCGACCUGCCUCUCUCCGCCUGGCUCCUGCUGCGGAACCCCGCCUUCGUGCUGCUCUGCCUGGCGGGCGCCACCGAGGCCACACUCAUCGCCAGCAUGUCCACCUUCGGCCCCAAGUUCCUCGAGUCCCAGUUCAGCCUGAGCGCCUCUGAAGCUGCCACCUUGUUCGGGUACCUGGUGGUGCCGGCGGGCGGCGGCGGCACCUUCCUGGGCGGCUUCUUCGUGAACAAGCUGAAGCUGCGCGGCCCCAGCAUCGUCAAGUUCUGCCUGGCCUGCUCCCUGACCAGCCUGCUGGCCACCCUGGUCUUCUUCACGCACUGCCCCAACGUGCCCAUGGCGGGCGUCACGGCUCACUCCAACGGCAGCGCCCUGCCCGAGGGCCGCCUGGAGCUGACGGCCGCCUGCAACGCCAACUGCAGCUGCCGCCCCGAGCACUACAGCCCCGUGUGUGGCUCCGAUGGCUUCACGUACUACUCCCCCUGCUACGCGGGCUGCUGGGGGGAGCCCGUGCCGGGCCCCGGCGGCCAGAAGGUGUACCGUCACUGUAGGUGUGCCCUUCAGAAUUUGUCCUCUGGUUUUGGCCAUGCCACCGCGGGGAAAUGCACUUCCGCCUGCCCGAGCAAGCCCCUCCUCCUGGUUUUCAUAUUCGUUGUAAUUAUCUUUACAUUCCUCAGCAGCAUUCCCGCGCUGACGGCAACGCUACGGUGCGUCUGCAGCCAGCAGAGGUCCUUCGCGCUGGGAAUCCAGUGGAUCGUGGUUAGGACCCUAGGGGGUGUCCCGGGGCCCAUCGCCUUCGGCUGGGUGAUCGACAGGGCCUGCCUGCUGUGGCAAGACCAGUGCGGCCAGCAGGGCUCCUGCUUCCUGUACCAGAACGCGGCCAUGAGCCGCUACAUGCUUGCCGCCGGCCUGGUGUACAAGGCGCUGGGCUUCCUCUUCUUCGCCGCUGCGUACGUCCUGUACAAGCCCCCGUCGGGGCCUUCCCACGACCUGGAGGCGUCUCUGCCCAGCCAGUCCUCAGCCUCCGACAACCCCUCGGACCUCCAGGGGGCCCCCUCGGACCUCCAGCUCCAGAGCGGCGUCUGACGCCCGCGCCCCUGCCCGCCCG